ACUGCAAAAAUGGCGACUCUUCGUGCAAUGCCAAGAAUGAUGUGAGCAGAACUCGUUAUACCCAUGCCUGCCACAAGCCGGGAUUCAAAUACAGCUACUGCUACCAUCCGUGGCUGGCAAUUAUCGGCAUUCCGUUUGCGAUGAUCGGCGUGCUUGCAUGGUUAUCUCCUGCAUGAGGCGCCCCCUGCUGGACACACGGCCAGAGAGCGAACGACCGACCAUCACCGUCGCGCCGACCGCGGUCAAGUCCCACCAGAUGGAGCCAGCGUUCGAGGCGUACCCGCCGGGCGAGCAGCACUACGGUGGCGACCUCUACCCACACGAGGGCUACGCGGUUGACCGCUAUGGGCGGCCGUACGACCCGGCAAGCUACCCGGGCGGCCCUGAAACCACGACGACGACGACCGAAUACAAGCAGCCCUACCCGCAGCCGGGCGAGGGCGCCACCUACCCGCCGCACGGCUACGACGCGCCUGAGCCGUACAGCGCCGAGCCCACCGGGGGGCACCACCAGUACGACUACCCGCCGGGCGAGCCCGCCAGGGUGCGCCACCAGUACGACUACCCGCCGGGCGAGCCGGAGGAGGAGGAGGUGGCGCCGGCUGGCGAGAAGAAGAAGAAGCGCUAUCGCAAGAAGAAACAGGAGGAGGAACACGAUACGGUCGUGUGAUAGUGCGCGCUGCGGCCGCGCCGGCGGAGGGAUACGCUACAGCCGGAUCUAGUUUUGUGACGGUGUUCGCGGCCGAACAAGAGAACGGCUGCGUGGUCCGUUCGCGCCGAUUGAUCGCGCCAAAUUAUUUCGGGUUGCCUAGCAACUCAAUUUGUUUGUACUCACUGACGACGAUUUUAGCCGCACUUUUACAAGUCGGCAAUCGUGUGACGGAAUUUUUAUCGUGCAAUCGUGCUUGCCCCCUAUCUUACUCCCAUUUCACGCUAACUUUUACGGGGUUAGGGGAUGCAUAAUAGAGAUUGCCCCUGGCUACUGUGCACACCAUAUUUUAUACUAUUUUACUCUAACAUCUAGGGGUAGAUGACUUUAAACCGAAAUUCUGGCAUGCAAUCCUGUUGUCCCUGUUUUACUACAUUUUUGCCGUAAUUUUAUGAGUUGAGGGGUCAUCCAACCGAUGUUGUUAUUAGGUUACUCUGCAUACCUCGAUUUUACUACUAGUUUAAACCAAAUUCUGUGGAUUUGGCGAGUCCUAACGCAAAUAUUCUAGGUACGUAAUCGCAUAGGUACUCUCUCUAUUUUACCUUCGUUUGGCUUCAGCUUUGAGGGAAAGCAGUUUGGAGGUGACCUUAUAGUAAUGUUGCGAUGCCAGACGAGCCGUGUGUUUAUUUCAUUUUCUGCACUGCCGUUUUAAUGUCAUUAAUGUAAUUGCCUGUGUGCUCGUACUAUAUAUAUGGUGGCCUUUUCGUGAGGCUCUGUACUACUGCAUGCAUGGCUGCAGCCAUGAAUACUCUGUAGACUCGGUGUAACGAUACAUUUUGUUUCGGUUCGGUUUUUUUAUUUAUUUUCAGUAGUAAAACUGCUGAGAAGAUGGCGAAAUUUGCCCUCCAUUUUGAACAAUAAUAAUAAUAAUACCUAGAUCAUAAUAUUAUACAUUUAUAUAUUACUGGGCUUGGCGUAAGUGCUGAGCUGUUUGCUCGCCGUGUGCGCCGCCUAACUGAGAGUGGGUUGGUUGUAUUUCCCGGAACCGAACCAAGAACCGAAACGAAAAAAAGAAAGAAAACCGAACCGAACGGGAUGUAGGCCUACUGCGAUACAGUUGAAUCGCAGUUAAUCGUUACACCCCUACUAUCUACUGUGUUGCGAGUGAGCGAAUCUCUCGUGGCGUGGAGGGACGCAUACGCCUAGCUAUGGCUUCUAUAGAGAGAGAGAGUGUUUUCGCCUUGGAUUUUUAUCGGGGUGUGGGGGGGGGGGGGGGGGUGGUUUUGGUAACGAUCGGCCGGGUGGUUCCUGAAUAUAGGUGAUUAGUAUUGAGCAUAUUUUAUAUGUAUAGUUAGCAUUUAACUCUCUUUUUAUUGAUGUAGUUCUAACUCGUUAUUAUGCCGUCCUCAUAUCAUCCCACGUCCAACGAUAUAUACAUAUAUAUAAUAAUACAUAUUAAUGUUCGUAUAUCAUAUGACUGCAUGUAUAUUAUAUAUAUAUAUAUAUAUAUACAUACAGAGGCGUAUCUAUAUGUGCUGUAUAUAAAAACAUGUUAUUAUCAAGAGCGGAUAAUACUAUUAUCCGCUCUUGUAUUAUCCGCUCCUGGUAUUAUCCGCUCUUGUUAUUAUGUGUAUAUAGUAACAUGUUAUUAUGUGUAUAUAUAAUAUAGUGACAU